AUGGCAGUGCAGCAGCAAGGGAACGACGGGGAUGCCCGGGAUCAGAGCAACGGCCGUCGCUACCGGGGCGUGUCGGACGUGCGCGCCUUCGACCCGGGCCUGCAAGGCGUCAUGCAGCGGUACACCAGCAGGACCGCCGCGGCGGGCUCCGCUGGACGCAAGAAGACUCUCUUUGGGGUGCAGCCGCAGGCACCACCGCAGCCUUCCUCGGCUGCACACGCCGUCGAGCCGGCACCACCGCCUUCCCUCGAGACUUCUCAAGCAGCGCUUGAUUUCCUCGUGAAGGCGCAGCCGCAUCAGCAGACCUCCGCGGCGGCCUUGCGUCAGCGCUGUGACGCCUACCUGACGCAACUCCGCGUCUUUUGCCACCGUGGACGCACCGCGGAUGGCGACGGCGCCAGCAAUACGCGCGCAGAGGGGCCGGCCACGACGUUCCCCGACGGAGGCAAUGCGCAAACAAACUCGCUCUUGCGGCAACUCUUCGCCGACGGCGUCCCUGACAUCGAGCCCUGGGACCGCUGGACCUCGACGAUGCCGCGCUACGGCGGCGGCGCACCGAUCCAGGCGGCGCAGCUGAACAUGGUGCAUCACCCCGUGAUCCCGGAUACUCACUACACGCAGCACUACGAGUACCGUGACUUGGAGCAGCCAGUUAUUCAGCGGGAAUACAAGACCAAGGAGGAGUUGCGUGCUGAGCGGCGGGAGCGACUCAAAGCGAAACAGGCGAAGGCGCAGCAGGACAAGGCAGCAGCAGCCUCCGGUGCAGGCGCGUUGCCCGAAUCGUCCAGUAGUAGCAAUGCUUCGAUGGCUCUCACCUCGUCGGCGGCGAGUCGCCUCCUGCACGACCGGCUCUCCACAAAGAGCCUUGCCUUGAACCUCUUCGGGUCCAGUGUGCUGAACCCGCUGGCAACAGACACGAAGGUGCUGCAGCAGUACGAGCUGCGCCACUUAGAGCACCAGCGACGCAACCACGACCGCCACGUGGCCGCGUUGCCGGAUCAGAUUCUGAAGCGCGCGCGUGAUCAGCGCCGUCACGCCAUCGAGGCACCGCUGCUGCGCGCCUACCGCGUUUUCCCGAUUUUCUCCGCUGCCCACCUCGGCAAGCUGCGCAACUUCGCAAAUGAUAACCUGCUGCGUGGCUUUGUGCUGUACGUGGGCGGCUGCGACGCGCUGAUCGUCCUGGCUGGCGGCGAGGUGGCAAUGCGGCAUCUGGAUCGGUGGAUUCUGCACAAGAUGGCGUGGGAGCACCCCGACACGCGCGCCGUGCGCCUCUGCAGCGUGCCCCUGAUGGACGCCGAAAGCUUUUCGUUUCACCUCAAGAAGGCGCAAGGGCAGCUGUACAAGCGGACCAAGACGGUGGGCAGCAGGAGCGGGGUGGGUUUUGCCGACAAGCGCGACGACAGACUGGACAACGCGGACGGCGAUGACGCGACAGAACCGGUCUUCAUUAACAUGGUACCCAUCGUCGAGGAGGCAGAAGCGUUCCUCCGUCAACUGCCUGCGCCGUCGAGCCCGUGGUCGGACUUGUGUGGUGUGUGGCGCGCCGCCUUCUUGCAUGAUGGACUUCAGCCCGUUACGGCUGAACACCACUAA